GUACACUGGAUUUCCAGCGUCAAACCACCAACAAAAUAGCGACUGCUUACUGUAGACUUGACAGAGUAUAAGCAGCGACCAAGCAGUCAAAACAAGCUUGUGUUCUUGUAUCGCGAAUCAAGGAAGCUGUCUAUCUAAUCAGUUGAUUGUUUUUGCUUGGGAUUUCCACCCCAGCUGCUCAAGAUUGCAUCCUGGUCGACGAAGCGUUCUUGGCUAUCAUCCCCAUCUGGGAUCCCACUAAAUCUUCAUACUCGCCUGCUUUUACUGACGAUUUCUUUCUUCGCGCCUUCGUUUUUUUCACUCAUCCUUCACUUCAGCCCAGAAAUCGAAUUUACUUUAGUCCUGCUAUCCAUGCAUUCUGGCUCAAGUGUUUUCCGAAUUUAACGGCUUCGUCCCGUGGCUAGCUAGCUCAACAAGAAAACACUAGUGUACGACAAUAUCAUUUCUUCCAAAUUUUAUCACCGCCGAAACCAUGCAAGGAAUUACCUUUGCCGCUUUCCUCCUGGCAGCCGCCAUGCCCGUGAUCGUGAAGGUAUUUCUCCGCGCCGGCCAUAGCAAGUCCCUCUUCUCCUCGCUGCCGUCCUCGAUCCGCCGUUGCAUCCGCUUCGUCCAGCUCCUUGCCGGGGGUGAGCAGCAACAGCAGCAGCGCGGGGGCAUCUACCCGUCCUCGCCGCUGCUCGGUUGCUGCGGCGGCGGCGGUGAGACGCCGCAACGGGUCCAGCAGCGAGGCCGCCCUGUUCGUUCCGUUAGCUACAACGAUGCGUACGCGAGGAACCUUGAAGCUGACCAUGACCUCUCUCCGCCCACCAGCCUGGAUGACCUCCUGCUCCGCAACAUCAGGGGCAGCAGCAGACCUCCCAGCCGCAGCGGCAGCCGGCCGCCGAGUCGCAGCAACAGCAGGCCCCCGAGCCGCAGUAACAGUAGGCCUUCUAGCCGCAGCGGCAGCAGGCCGCCCAGCCUCGGCGGCGCCAUGUCGCCGAUGUACGCUGCGUCGACAAUCCCCGCGAAGCCGACCCGUCGCCCUUUUCUCCGCAAGUCGAGCUACGACUCAACCCACUCGUAUAAUGCUAGUGUUAACUCUGUCUCAUCGCCCUCCGCAGUGACCGGCAGCACCAGCGCAGUGUUUGACAGCUUCGCCAUCGGCCUCGGUGGCGCUUGCGACUUUGUCCCUCCCUCGGCCAGCGACUGCUCCCCGCGUGGCCGCGGCCGGACCCGAUCGUGGAACGUUGCCACGGACGCUUUCAGCAGCAGCAGCAAAAGCAGCACUUCUCCAGCUAACCUGACCAUCCUCGAGGUGAGAGAUGGCAUCGUCUACCAUCGGGAGGUGGAUGGCGAGACCGGGGCCGAGGGCGACAUGGGCGCUGGUGCGGGCGCGGGCGUAGGCGAGACAGCAGACCUCGUGGACCUGGCGGCGGCGUGGGCCUCGUCACGGGGCGUCGACACCAACGUCGGGCUCGAGCACUUUGAGGCUCGGUCCAUGCUCGGUCGCGCCAUCCGCAAAUUCAAGGCCAAGUCUCGACGGCUGAAGCAGAUGGGCGCGCGCGAGCAGGUGGUGCGCGAGGCCCGCGAGAACUGGGCCCGGCGGUCGCUCGAGUACGAAGCCGACGAGUGGGCCGCUGCCCUUGCCGCCGCCUCGGUCGUCACCACCACCACCAGCCCGAGGAGCUCCAUCUCGUCCGACACCGCCCCGCCCACGACCGUCUACCACGCCAGUGUCCCCGACGCCGCCGACCCGACCGUCCUCGAGGCCGUGGUGGAGGUGCCCCACCUCGAAAAGACGCCCGUUCUGCGCCCGGCCGAGUCCAUGGAUAGCUUGGCCCGCGACAUCGCAGCCGUGUCCGCCGAGAGUGAGCUCCCCCACUCCCCGGUCGAGUCGGUGGCGGCUACGGCCAGGCCCGUCUCCCGCGGCAAAGCGGGCGGCAAGACUGCAACGGUCGGGAGGCGCCUGAGCAUCUCGAUUCGCGGGUUCAAGAAGCGGAGCAGCAGCGCUCCCGAGAACCGCAAGAGGGCCGGGUCGGGCGCCAGUGAUUCGGCCACGAUCGGCAGGCGACGUACCAUGUUGUCCUGGGGCAGGGCCAAGUAA